AUGGCAGCAGAUCGCGAAAUAGCUGCUGAAGACAGCAUAAGAGUCGUUUGCCGAUUUCGGCCACUCAAUGACUCUGAAGAAAAAGCUGGUUCCAAAUUCAUCGUAAAAUUCCCUUCAGGACCUGAUGAUAAUUGCAUUUCCAUAGGGGGUAAAGUAUAUUUGUUUGACAAAGUAUUUAAACCCAACGCAACCCAAGAGAAGGUUUACAAUGAAGCAGCAAAAAGUAUUGUAUCUGAUGUACUUGCUGGUUACAAUGGUACUAUUUUUGCAUAUGGUCAGACAAGUUCUGGUAAAACACAUACCAUGGAGGGUGUCAUAGGGGAUCCAGGAAAACAGGGUAUAAUUCCACGGAUAGUUAAUGAUAUUUUUAAUCAUAUCUAUGCCAUGGAAGAAAACCUUGAAUUUCACAUUAAAGUGUCCUAUUUCGAAAUUUAUAUGGACAAAAUUCGGGAUCUCUUAGAUGUAUCCAAGGUGAACCUCAGUGUACAUGAAGACAAAAACAGAGUCCCAUUUGUAAAAGGUGCUACAGAAAGAUUUGUGUCAAGUCCAGAAGAAGUAUUUGAAGUAAUAGAGGAAGGAAAAUCAAAUAGACAUAUUGCAGUAACAAAUAUGAAUGAACACUCAUCUAGAUCUCAUUCAGUCUUCCUCAUAAAUGUUAAACAAGAAAAUUUAGAGAACCAGAAGAAAUUAUCUGGAAAGUUAUAUCUUGUGGAUUUGGCUGGUUCUGAAAAGGUAUCAAAAACUGGUGCUGAAGGUACUGUGCUUGAUGAAGCUAAAAAUAUCAACAAAUCACUAUCAGCUUUGGGUAAUGUAAUUUCUGCUUUAGCAGAUGGCAAUAAAUCUCAUAUUCCAUACAGAGAUUCCAAAUUGACGCGUAUUCUACAAGAAUCGCUUGGUGGUAAUGCUAGAACAACUAUAGUCAUCUGUUGUUCACCAGCUUCGUUCAAUGAAAGUGAAACCAAGAGUACUCUUGAUUUUGGUAAAAGGGCCAAGACUGUUAAAAAUGUUGUAUGUGUUAAUGAGGAACUUACAGCUGAGGAAUGGAAACGUCGGUACGAAAGAGAGAAAGAGAAGGUGGCUAGGCUAAAAGGAAAGGUUGAGAAAUUGGAGGCUGAAGUCAACCGCUGGCGGUCAGGAGAGACUGUCAGACCUGAGGAACAGGUCAACUUGGUGGAGAUUGAGGCAGUUACUCCUGUUACAUCAUUCAUUGAAGAGAAACCACCUGUGGCGCCGGUACCAGUCGCCGUAUCUAGUGCCGUCGAGGACGCGGCCACGCAGGCCAAGCUGGAGGCUCUGUACCAGCAACUGGACGACAAGGAUGAGGAGAUCAACCAACAUUCGCAAUUGGUGGAGAAACUCAAGGAGCAAAUGAUGGAGCAGGAGGAACUGAUCGCGUGCACGAGACGAGACUACGAAGCCCUUCAAGGGGAUAUGAACCGAAUCCAGCAGGAGAACGAGGCCGCUAAAGAGGAGGUGAAGGAGGUGUUGCAGGCGCUCGAGGAGCUCGCCGUCAACUACGACCAGAAGUCGCAAGAGGUUGACAGCAAGAGCCGCGAGUGCGACCAGCUCUCUGAGGAAUUGCAGACUAAACAGAGUGCCCUGACUACCGCGACGGCCGAGCUGCAACAGCUGCGCGACCUGUCAGCGCACCAGCGCAAGCGCAUCGCCGAGCUGCUCACCAACCUGCUGCGCGACCUGGCUGAGAUCGGCGCGGCCGUCGGCGGCUCCGAGCUCGACUUCAAGCUCAACGUGGACACUGUGGGCAAGCUCGAGGAGGAGUUCACCGUCGCUCGUCUGCACAUUAGCAAGAUGAAGAGCGAAGUCAAGAAUAUUGUGCAGCGUUGCCACUCUUUGGAAUCUGCCAAUAUUGAUGCUAAUCAAAAGAUCGAGGAGUACGAGCGGUCGCUGGGCGAGUGCCGGCUGCUGAUCUCGCAGCACGAGGCGCGUUGCGCGUCGCUCGCGGAGUCCAUGCGGGAGGCGGAGAACAAGAAGCGCCAGCUCGAGGAGGCGGCUGACGAGCUGCGCGAGGAAUGCGCGCGUCUGCAGGCGGCAGAGCGCGUGCAGCUGGCGGCGGCGGAGCAGCGCGCGGACUCGCAGGUGCGCGCGGCGCUGGAGGCGCAGCUGGAGCAGCUGCGCGCCUCGCACGCCACGCAGCUGGCCGCGCUGCGCGACGAGCUCGCCGCGCUGCAGCGCCAGCACCAGGAGCUCAAGGAUACGUACCAGGAGCUGACGCUAGCGCGCCAGCAGCUGCAGGACGACUACGACAAGCUGAAGCGCGAGGAGGCCGACAAGUCCGCCAAGCUCAAGGAACUCAUUCAAAGCGUGGAGCGACGCGAACAAGCCCGCGCCGAUCUCAAGGGUCUGGAAGACACUGUGGCUAAGGAGUUGCAGACACUCCACAACUUAAGGAAGCUAUUUGUACAAGAUCUGCAGGCCAGAAUAAAGAAAUCAACGAACUCCGAGGAGGGAGCGGAAGAGGAGGGCGGGUCGCUCGCGCAGAAGCAGAAGAUCUCGUUCCUGGAGAACAAUCUAGAACAGCUGACGAAGGUGCACAAGCAGCUGGUGCGCGACAACGCCGACCUGCGCUGCGAGCUGCCCAAGCUCGAGAAGCGUCUGCGCGCUACCAUGGAGCGGGUGAAGGCGCUCGAGACCGCGCUCAAGGAAGCUAAGGAAGGCGCUAUGCGUGACCGUAAGAGAUACCAAUUCGAAGUCGAUAGAAUCAAGGAAGCAGUACGCGCUAAGAAUCUUGCCCGAAGAGGUGUGCAGGCACAAAUCGCGAAACCUAUCCGCGCGGGCGGCGGGCACCUGGUGGGCGGCGGCGCGGUGGGCGUGGUGCGGCCCGCCAACGCGCCCGCGCAGGACAUCAAGCGGAAAUCCAUCAUCGUUGGUGCGCGCGAUGAAAGU